GAUCACCGUCGCUGAAGCUGGUGCGGAGCUCGUUGGUGAUCAUAUCCAACAUUGUGUAUACUGGAGGGGUCUCAAUCUCCUGCCUUUGACUUUCUGGCUUACCACUAUCGCCGUUUCAUUUACUUCUUAGUCUUGCGACUCGCAAGCCUUUUCCCGCCAUAUUAUUGCCUCAAAUCUCGACCAACCUUCUCACACAAUUUACCUUGAUUGAUCACGAUUACAAUGUUGCCUCUAGGUCUACUCACGGCCGCCCAGGGCCACCCGAUGCUGGUGGAACUCAAGAACGGCGAAACGCUGAACGGACAUCUGGCCAAUUGCGACAACUGGAUGAACCUCAUCCUGAAGGAGGUGGUUCAAACCAGCCCGGAAGGCGAUCGAUUUUUCAGACUCCCCGAGGUCUACAUCAGAGGAAAUAACAUUAAGUACCUUCGAAUCCCCGAAGAGAUUGUCGAGUUAGUCAAGGAGCAACAACAGAACCAGCCGCAGAAUCGCGGCCGGGGUGGAUACCGGGAAGGUGGACGAGGCGAUCGUGGCGGUCGUGGCGGCCGCGGCCGCGGUAGGGGCCGGGGCGGCCGGGGUGGACAUCAGGUAUGAAUUUGCACUUGAAUAGAAUGAGGAUCAAUGAGGAUAGAUACCCCCGGGGAGACAGAGGAUAGGGACUUUGUUAGCGAGGUCUAUUUGGCAUGUUAGUUGAGCAUGGCCUUGGCGUAUGUGGCUCUGUAUUGUUUUCCGUGGAAUCCCUGCUAUUAGGAAC